AUGGCACUUGCUCGUAAAAAGAGCAUCACAUUCCCCAGCGAUGUCGUACCUGUCACCCUGGGUCGCGAUCGCGAGGGAAUCGUCAUCCACAAAGAGAUGCUUUACCAGAGCCCCAUCCUCGCGAGACAAUACGACGAAUUGAUUCGCCUCUACCCUGACGCGUCUGAGCGCCCACCACUCGCUUUUCCAGAAAUCAGCAAGCAAACGGCGGAGCAGCUAGUCAAUUGGCUCUAUUUUACCAAUCUGUCAUACACUGCGGCGGAUUUGGCGAGGACUGGAGAGGAAUGCUUGAAGACCUGUGCAGAAAUUAUCGAAGCGUAUCAGUUCGCCAUUGGCCUGCAGCUCGAAGAAUGGGCGAAUGCGCUCCUCGAUGCCUUCUGCAAGGCCGCGAUGGAGGAUAUGCCAUGGAUCAAAUACUGGGUUCGGCUUAAGGAGGCGCAGGCUUACGACGAGGGCUUGAGAGACCUUGUCAUGGCGUUUCUGGCUAUUGCAAUCCGGAAGAGCGGUUGGGAAGUCUACACCAAAGAGGUCAACACCGAGCUCGUGGAAACUAUCAAGGCUGAUGGUGAAUUUGCCGUGGAGCUGUGCAAAUGGUUGUUGCAUAAGGAGGACGUUGCGGUCGAGGUGAGGCAGAAGAAGAAACGCUGCAGGUGGCAUGUUCACCAAUUCACCAAGAAGUGUGGAGGAAAGGCCAACGACGAAGAGGACUAG